AUGGCCUUCUCCAAGUACCUUCUGUCUGCCCUGGCAGCCACUCAGGUCGUCUUCGCCUCUUCUUGCGGUGACACCACCAUCUCCGCCCAGGGCGAUGCCGACGCAAUCGCCAGCUGCCAGACCGUCAAGGGUGACAUCACCAUCGACAAGUCCUUCUCGGGCCCCCUGGACCUCAACAGCAUCCAGCAAGUCACCGGUAGCCUGACCGCCAAGAACUGCCCCCAUCUCACCUCCCUGUACGCCGACAGCCUCAGCGCCAUCGGAGGCGAUUUCGUGUUGAACGAGGUUGUUGGUCUGACCUCUCUCGAAAUGCCGGCGUUGACUACCGUCCUGGGCAACAUCAACUUCAUCGCCCUCUCCUCGCUGCAAUCGCUCGGAUUUGAUACCGGCGUGACCAAGGCCGGCGGCGUCCACAUCGAGAACACCCAGCUGACCAGCCUGGAUGGCAUCAGCUUGAGGACUGUUGGCAAGUUCGAAAUCCAGGCCAACAAUUACUUGAAGUCCGUCAACAUCAACAACCUGAUGAACGCCACCGAUGAGAUUGACUUCUCUGACAACUACGGCGGUCUCUCGAUUGAGCUCCCCAACCUGAGCUCGGGCACCAACAUGACCUUCCGUUCCGUCCAGGCCGUCUCCAUGCCUUCGCUUAAGUCGCUCACCAACUCUCUCGGCCUCUGGAACUGCCAGUUCGAGACGUUCUACGCUCCCAACAUGACCACCGUUGGUGACCUGACCUUCUUCAACAACACCCAGCUCAGCAACAUCACCAUGCCCCUUCUGAAGGAGGUUGACGGUGGUUUUGAAAUCACCAAGUCUGAUCCCCUGAAGAGCAUCGUCUUCCCCUCCCUGGAGAAGGUUACUGGUGCCGUUGACUUCAGCGGUGACUUUGGCACGAUCAAGCUCCCGAAGCUCGAGAACGUCGCGGGUGCCUUCCACGUCGAGAGCACUGGUCCUAUCAAUCCCGACUGCAAGGCCUUUGAUAAAAUCAAGUCGUAUUCGAUCCGCGGCCUGUAUAAAUGCGCGUCCACCUCCGACCCUAAGACUCGUGGUGGACUGUCCGGCACCAGCACUUCCAGCGGCGGUAGCCCAGCGGGCACGACCACCUCCGGCAUUGCUGUCGCCAACGGCGUCGACAUGCCUACUGUUGGUGUUGUUGCUGCUGCCUUCUACGCUCUUGCCCAGCUCUUCUAA